AUGAAUGGAUCAGAUGAAGAAGGACAUGACACUCAUCAGCAUGGGCCUCCACAAACCAUGAAAAUAGCUAUUGGGAAGUAUUAUAAACAAUUACUAGUUGGUUGCGGACGGUCAUACUGUUCCAACGAGAACUGUGCAUCGUCUGGAAAACUACCCAAAUUGACAAGUAAUGAAGCCGCAGCUCGAGCAAUUAUCUGUUUGCGAGAUAAGGCGCAAUUAUGCGAGCCACUUCCGGAAUUUUUGACGAUGGAGACAACAGAUCCACAGGAAUCACUAAAUGAAGAAACAGUGAAAAAAUUGCUAGAGAAAUGUCGAGCAAAGGAUGAUUGGUAUUGUAUAAGAAGUUAUCUGGAAAGUACAUUAGGCAACCGUAUAACGUUACUCAAUUCAUUCCGCAAUAAUAAUUUUCGGACACAACUAGAUGGGAAUUCAGUCGAUUCUGGAGUAAUAGGUGCAUCAACCGAACAACAAUCAGUUUCACAACGGAAACGAAGAGCACAGGCCGAUGUAGAUAAUACAGAACUGCAGUUGGAAAUUAAAGCAGAUACUUGUUCUACCACUGUUAACUGCGGAGAGAAAGAAACGGAAGAAAAGAUAGAUCGAAAGUACAGUCGUGGAGAAAGGACAAUCAGUGAAUUAGCAUUAGAUGUAACUCAAUCUUCUCAUUCAGAUACCUCCACUGAAAUGUCACUUUCUCGUACGUUAGGAAAUGAACUUACAAGAUCAGCAUCUGAUUCAAGUAGCAUGCAAUAUGCAAACAAUACAUCUCGAAGAAACUGCAAUCAUUAUGGAUGGAUAAAUGAGGAGAAAACUGCACACUCAGUGGAAGAGAUUUCAAAAAUCAUUGCACAGCUACAGGAAGGAAAAUCACCAACUGAUAUGGAUGCAGCACGACAUUGUUUUCGUUUGCUUUUCAUCGAAACAAGUGAGCAUAAGCAUUAUUUGAAUGCUGCAAUGGGUGCAGUAGCUCAGCUUUGCAGCAUCAUUGAUUUCCAGUUGCAAUAUGAACGAGCCUGGGAGCGUGAUCCAGCUGGUAUUACACACGUCAUAUGUUUAAUGUUCGAAUUACCAUUUAUCCAGUGGCUUGAAUUUAUUGAAGUAGGCUUCACACCACUGUGUAAAAUGUGUUCCAAUUUAUCAGAAGAAGGCCAAAUGGCACUGGCAUCAGUAUGGGCUAGUUUUGGAUCCCAGUGGAUACAAGAACGUAUUAACCUUAUGCAGCAGGCAAUUACUCUUCGUGUUUUAACUGUAAUUGAUGCGGUUGGAAGCUUGCCACUUUUUACCGAUCGGAUUGAACCUUUACCAGCUGCGAUUCAAGCCUUGUCUCUAUUAUAUAAGGCAACUUUAAUCAGAUCUAAAUACGAUAUGAUUUUGCCUUGGGGUAAUGGGAUGGAUUCACGGGAAAAUAACAGGCAGCAAAAUUUUUCGUCAUUUCUUGAGGCGUUUACUUAUAAUGGAAUUGAACUAGACGAAGAAGAGGAAAUCCGGUUAUCAAAGGAGGUGCCGAUUGAUGCAUGGCUAGUAACGAAAACAUGUUUACCCUUAACAGAAUUGAUGAAUUCAACGUUGAGUGAUAACAUUUCAGUUCAGGAUGAUUUCGUUGCAUAUAAGUCGUACGAGAGUGGACAUGCAUUUUCGGUGAUGCCUGAAUAUUCAUUCAUAUUAACAACCGAAGUGAAACAACGUUUCCUUUAUCUAAAUAAUCGAAUUCGUCAGAGAACUGAACGUCGACAAGCAUUGGCUGAUGCUAUAACAUUUGGUGUCUCGAUGGAACCGUAUUUGAAGUUAAACAUUCGUCGUGAUAAUAUUAUAAGGGAUGCUUUAGAUAGCCUUGCUGCAAUUGCUAUGGACAAUUCAGCUAACUUCAAAAAGCAACUUCGGAUCCAAUUUGAUGGUGAACAAGCAGUAGACGAGGGAGGUGUGUCAAAAGAGUUCUAUCAGCUAAUAACUGACCAAUUAUUUUGUCCUGAUUAUGGAAUGUUCAUUUUAAAUGAAAAAACGGGUUUGUAUUGGUUCAAUUCCCAAUGCAACUUUUGUGAUGAUGAAUUCGGAUUAAUCGGACUGUUAUUUGGACUAGCUAUAUAUAAUAACAUUCUUAUUGAUGUGCGUUUUCCGACAUUGGUCUAUGUGAAAUUACUUGCAAGACCAGCCGUUUUUGACGAACUUGCUCAAAUUGAUCCGGAAUUAUACAAUGGAUUAAGACAAUUGCUUGAAUGUAAUGAUGACGUGGAAAAUAUUUACAAUUACACAUUUCAAAUUUCAUACAAAGAUGUUUACGGUUGUAACCAUGAUGAGGAGCUAAUGCCAAAUGGUGCAAAUAUACCAGUAACACUCGCUAAUAAAAAGGAAUUUGUAGCUUGCUAUGCUGAUUUUUUGUUAAAUCGUUCGGUAAAACGACAGUUUGAUGCGUUUAGUAUGGGUUUUAACAAAGUAGCUAACCGUGGAUUGUUAAGGAGAUUAUUUAUGCCUGAUGAAGUUGAACAAUUAGUUUGUGGUGUACUUGAUUUGGAUUUUGACAUACUUGCACAAUGUACAAAAUAUCAGAACGGUUUUACUGAAACCAGUCAAACAGUAAAGGAUUUCUGGACAGUGGCAAAGGCAAUGAGUACGGAAGAAAAGAAAAUGUUACUUCAGUUCAUCACGGGUUCCGAUAGAGUCCCUGUAGGGGGCUUGGCAAAAUUAGAAGUCAUUAUUGCUCGGAAUGGUGAUAAUAAGGAAAGACUGCCAACAGCUCAUACCUGCUAUAACGUAAUGUUAUUACCCGACUAUGGAGAUCUUGAAAUAACAAGAGAGCGUAUUACCAAAGCAAUUAGCUAUAGCCGUGGAUUUGGUUUGCAGUAA